AUGAACUCUGACGAUGGGGAGGACGCAAAGAUCCUCGAUACUAUUGAUCAAUUGCGACAAUUACAAAUUGGUAUUCGCGACCUUGAAAAGAAGUAUCCUCUCCCUCAGAUAGUGGUUUGUGGAGAUCAGUCGGCGGGGAAAAGCUCGACGCUUCAGGCUCUUUCAGGGAUUCCUUUUCCGGUUGGCCAGGGUUCCUGUACAAAGUACAUUACUGUGGUUACGCUGAAAAAGAACCAGGAAGAGUGCGUUACAGCAACGAUCCUUCCU